AUGCCGAGACGAACAACAAAGGAGAAAGACAUGAUAAGUGACCUACCAGAUGAAAUUUUGGUGCAUUGCAUACUAUGUUCACUUUCUAUUGAUGAAAUUUUUAGAACAAGUAUUUUAUCUAAGAGAUGGAAACAUUUAUGGAAGAAUUCAUCGCACCUUGAUUUCAAUUGGACUCGCAUGAACAAAUCCUUAUUAACUCGCAAAUUAAUAGCCACUCGAAAUGAUGCUAUCAAAUAUGGCGAUAUUGUUAAGAAUAUGUUGCAUCAACACAGUGGUAAACUUUCGGUUUUAUCUGCAUUUGAGAGCUGCGAAAAGUUGAAAAGUUUGAAGUUGAAGAGUAUGUUUAUGGAGAAUAAUAUCAUCGAUAGAAUUUUGAAAAAAUGUUUGUGUUUGGAGAAGUUUAGUCUCAUUGAUUCAAAAGGGUUCGAUCGUCUCAAGAUUGAAAACCAAAGUCUUAAAACUUUGGAGUUUCUGCGGUUGAAUGUUAGAGAGAUCGAGGUUCAUGUUAAGGAGCUUCAAGAUCUAGUCAUUGAUUCUCUAAUUUGCCUUCCAAAGGGUUUAAGAAUUUACUCCGAGAAGCUUUUAAGUUUCUAUUCUACUUACAAUCCAAAUGCUCAUUGGAUUUGGAAGAGUACAGAUUUUCUUGAAAAUUGCAGCGAUCUUUUGGAAUCUCAACCGACCAAUAUUUUUCGAAAUCUUUUAACCUUGUCAAUUGAUUUGGAUUUGAAUAACAUAAGAGAAGCUAUACCACUUUCAUACGUACUAUUGACAUGUGUCCAUCUCAAUACUCUAAGCAUUAAUAUACCGGUAAAAAAAGCUACGGUUUCUUCUGAGGACUAUGACUAUAUUCUAUCAUAUCCUAAGUCAAUGUUUUGGGAGAAACGAGAACCUUAUUAUUUUGUGUUGUUUAAUGAGUUGAAAUAUUUUACAAUUAAGGGAUUUACAGGCAAAGAGCAAGAAGUAAAAUUUGCUGAACUUUUGAUUACUAAAUCGCUUUUGCUUACAACUGCUGUUUUUGGUUUCUAA